CGCCGGAUCCGCGUCUGGCACGCGCUCGCUGGCCGAGAUCAUGGCCGAGCAGUCCAAGGAGUCGGAGGCUGUUGCUGCUGUCAACGCUGCAAAUGCUGCCGCUGCCAACGUGGCUGCUGUUGCCAGCGCCCGUGCCAGCGCAGCCGCCGCCGAGGCCCGCAAUACACCGAUCGUCACUCCUGACCGGUGGUCCUGCCUGGGGCAACGCCUCUGGAUCACCCACUACCUCAGCCCUCUCGCUCUCGGCUGCCGCCAGCCCGAUCGCCGCUAAGAGCCCUAUUGCUGCCAAGCCAGCCACUGCAGCCAAGGUGGUCGUCAGCAGCCUCGGUCCCGCUCUGCCGUCUAUGGACUUCCUCGAGUGGUGCCACUCGCGUCUGAGCGGUCUGCGGGGCAUCGACGCCAACAAGUUCAUUGAGAUGCUGCUGACGUUCCCGCUGCACGCGCCCGAAUCAACGCUCGAGAUUAUUGCUGAGCAGGUGUACGCGUACUCGACCACUCUUAACGGCCGUGCGUUUGCCGAGGACUUCUGCCGCCGCCGUCGCGCCGACCACACCGCUGUGAAGCACGGAAAGCUGAGCAGCGCGCCGGCCAACUGGGGCCAGAUCGUGGGCUUCAGCAGCGCUAGCCGCUCCAAGGGCCGUUAUAACGAGGACACGGUCCGCUCGGCGGGACCAGCUGCUGGCGGCGACGAGUUCUUCCAGGUCGUCAAGAAGGGCCGCCGCUGAAAAUCAUGUGGCCGAUUUUUCCAUAGUUGCAAGCUUCUGUUUUGGCCAAUACACAAGCCGUUUUGCAAGCGCUGCAAGGAUUCUCCCCC